AUGGAAUUGAUUCCAGAAAAUGAAAUUGAUGUUCCAGCUAAUUCUAGUUUUUACCUUCCGCACCAUUCAGUUCCGGAUAAAAAUGGUGAUAAAUUUCGAGUCGUAUUUGAUGGUUCUGCAAAAUCUUCUAGCGGUAUUUCUCUUAAUGAGAAAUUGAUGGUUGGUCCACAGUUGCAGACUGAUCUGACAACAUUAAUUAUUCGUUUCAGAAUUCACAGAAUAGCUAUAACUGCAGAUAUAGAAAAAAUGUACAGACAAAUUAUGCUAAAAGAAGCAGACUUUCAGAGAAUAGUCUGGCGCGAUUCACUUUAUAAACCAAUUCAGGAUUUUCGAUUAACUAGGAUUGCUCACGGUACUGCAUCAGCUCCGUACCUUGCGGUAAGAUGUUUACAGCAGUUAGCCAUAGAUGAAGCAACUAAUUUUCCUUUGGCUUCCAAGACAUGUCUUAGGGACUUCUACGUUGAUGAUUUGAUGUCCGGAGCCAAUUCAGUUACUGAAGCUAUAGAAUUACAAAUGCAAGUGAAUCAGAUGUUGUCACACAAUGAUGAUACUAUAAAAACGUUAGGUAUCCUGUGGCAUCCAGCUUCAGAUAUGUUUUUAUUCAAAGUCAAUUCAUCAUAUCCUGAAGUCUUAACCAAACGAACAUUACUUUCAAUAAUCGCAAAGACCUUUGACCCUCUUGGAUGGUUGGCACCGAUCACGGUUCGGUAUAAAUUGAUUAUGCAAAGAUUGUGGAAACAUCAGUUGCAGUGGGAUGAAAAGGUUCCUCCAGAUAUUGAAUGUGAGUGGAAACAACUUACAGAAGAUAUGUUAUUCAUUAAAAGUAUCAAAAUUUCACGAUUCUUGUUGGUUGAAUCAGAUAACCAGUUUCAACUGCACGGGUUUUGUGACGCCUCAGAGAAGGCCUACGCCGCUGCAAUUUAUUAUCGUUCUGUGUUAGAUAUUGGACAAAUCAAUGUUCAGUUGGUGAUAGCCAAAACAACAGUUGCACCACUAAGAAAUAUAUCACUUUCCCGAUUGGAACUUUGUGGAGCAUUACUGUUGACUAAAUUAAUGGAUUUCACCUGUAGGGCUUUAAAUACUCCUAUAUCGCAAGUUUAUUUUCAUACUGAUUCCACUAUUGUAUUAGCCUGGAUAAGAUCUCAUGCAAGCCUAUGGAAGACCUUCGUCGCCAACAGAGUAGCAAAAAUCCAGACUUUAUCCUCUCCUGUCCAGUGGCAUCAUGUGAGUGGAAAUGCUAAUCCUGCUGAUCUUGCAACGCGUGGUGUGUUAUCAUCUGCACUGGUUACUUCAUUGUGGUUACGUGAUCCAGAUUUAUUGUAUAAUUUAUUUCCUUUUCAGCAAGCAUUGUCUGCACCACUAUUGAAUGAUUCUGUGCCAGAGCAAAGAUGUGCUUUUCAGUCAACAACUGCUGCCAGUCACUUGACAGACGCUUAUGAUUUAUUUUACAAAUAUUCUUCUCUCACUAAAUUUAAACGUGUUGUAGCAUUAUGUCUGAGGUAA